UUAAAUUUAAGAUAAUUUUUUUGAGGAAAUAUAGAACGAGAACGAGAACGCUAACCCUAGCUUCGGCUCCACCGGCCCCUAUAAAAGCCAACUCAUUUGCUGCAGGACCUCCUUGUUCAGCUACGAGGGUUUUCUGAAGCAGAUCAGACCUCAAGUUGUCGCCAUGGUGAACGUACCUAAGACAAAGAAAACAUACUGUAAGAGCAAGGAGUGCAGGAAGCACACCUUGCAUAAGGUUACACAGUACAAGAAGGGCAAGGAUAGUCUUGCUGUUCAGGGUAAGCGCCGCUAUGACCGCAAGCAAUCUGGUUAUGGAGGACAGACCAAGCCCGUCUUCCACAAAAAGGCCAAGACUACCAAGAAGAUUGUGCUGAGGUUGCAGUGCCAGGGUUGCAAGCAUGUUUCCCAGCACCCAAUUAAGAGGUGCAAGCAUUUUGAGAUUGGUGGAGACAAGAAGGGAAAGGGGACUUCUCUUUUCUAAAUGCAAUUUUUUCGGUCUUAUUGUAUGCUGUUUUGCUUUUCUACCUUGUUGGAGCUUGAAAGCUAAAAUAUCGGAUUAUUUCUAAGUUAGUUUUGUUAGUCUAAUGGCGCCUUGAAGCUAAACUUAAACGCAUAUGAUAUUUGUCGUGGUUAGAGAUUAAAGCUGAUAAUCA